CGGAAAUCCGGUUACCGCCAUUUUACAGAGUCGUACGCACAGCGUGUUCCUCUGGGCUAAAGUACUUUCUCUGUGUUCACAAGUAUCUCUUUUAUUUUGUAGAGAAAUACAUUGCGGUAGAGUAAUCCAAGAUGAGUUACGGCAGGCCUCCGCCAGACGUUGAGGGCAUGACUUCUUUAAAAGUCGACAAUCUAACAUACCGCACGUCUCCAGAAACGCUAAGGCGAGUUUUCGAAAAGUACGGUAGGGUCGGAGAUAUCUACAUACCAAGAGACCCAUACACGAAAGAGAGUCGUGGCUUCGCCUUCGUUCGUUUCCACGAUAAACGGGACGCGGAAGACGCGAUGGACGCCAUGGACGGCGCGCUGUUGGACGGACGCGAACUGCGCGUGCAGAUGGCGAGAUACGGCCGUCCGCCGGAAUCGCACCAAAGCCGCCGCGGUCCCCCGCCGAGGAGACACGGAGGGUAUGGUGGUCGGAGAAGCCGCAGCCGUAGUCCUCGGCGCAGGAGGCACAGCAGGUCCAGAAGCAGAAGUCGCUCCCAUUCCCGUAGUAGAUCUCGCUACAGCCGGUCCAGGUCCAAGUCCUACUCUCGGUCCCGUUCUAAAAGCCGCACACCACGCAGGAGCAAGUCCAAAUCGCCUUCCAGGUCCCGUUCGAGGUCCAAGUCAAAGUCUCGCUCCAGAAGUCCCACUCCACGAUCAAACAAAGGUUCCAAAUCGAGAUCUAGAUCAACAAGCAGACCCAAAUCUCCAGAGGCUAAUGGAACUACGGCUGAAUCGUGAAAUUUAGCUGCUGAUUCCUGUUUGCAAAAGAGGAGUUUGGGGCAGUUUGAGAGCAGUUAGUGUGUGAUCCGUCCAUUGGCUGCCUGCUGCUGAUUGGCGGUUGCUAUGGAGCAGGUUGGUCUCAUUGAGUGUUGAGGUGGUGUUGAGGUACGUCUGAAGGACAAUGGACUGAGACCUUUUCAUCAUCCUAGGCACACGCUCAUGUCUAUCGUGGGAAAGGCAAAUACAGGAUGGAUGGGGGGGGUGUUCUCAGAGCUGGUUUAAGCUGUCAGGCUGCUUGCUGUCCAUGAGUUUUAUAUAGACCCAGUUAUAAGAGGUAAAAGUUUUGACACCAUCUGGAUUGUACCUCAGCUCUCUGACACUUAAAGUGGCUAUGAGAGAGGUGUAUUCCACCUCCAGGUUCGUUUCGCUCAAGCUUUCUCUCAGAACAAAAUCUGGUACAUGAGCAACACAGAUGAGCGUGGUCCAUAUUAAAGUGUAAUUCUUUCUGCAAAUAAAGAGAAACUGUCUGUUUGUUUUGUACAAGCUAAGACCAAAAUCGAGUGUUGCAAAAAAAUCCUUCGCACUGAUAUUCUUUUGAAACAUACUGAUUUUCUUUUAUUUCCUCUAGAUGGCGUCACAUUGGUAGAACCUUCAAGGAUCACGUUGAGUGAUGUCGUCUGUUUGAGGAUACCCAAAUAAUCCAUAUAUCAAACGAAAGGUUAAUGUGACUUGGUCUACUUUUGUUUUAAUGAGUUUUGCUUUUUGUUUAUGUAUCAUACUUCUGAAAUCCUUUCUGAAAUGAUAUUAAAUGUUCUUUAUGCUUAAAUGGGGCUACUAGGUGAAAUCAUUUCAUGUUUUGGUUUGCAUUUUAUUUCCUCUUGUUAUUGAAACUGCCAGACUACAGUAAGUUCUUUUUAAUCUAAAUGUAUUUGUCCCCUUAAUAAACAUUAAUGGACAACUUAGAAUGUUGUGCAAAUAUUUUCUUUGGGUUAGAAUGAUUUUGUAAUACUCUUAACAUCUGUUGCUUAAUGUGCAGGUAUUUUAUGGUUUAAAUGAAAGUUCCACAGCAAAAUGAUUCUGAUAUUCUCCCUUGUGUAUUUUUAUGCACUAGGUGCAGUUGCAUAGCAGUUGAGUUUUGCUGGUUAGCUGUUAAGGUGAUGCGGUGCAGAGUGCUUGGCUGUUUCCAGUAUUCUCCUGUUUGCACCUUGAUUUAAGAUUGGCUACAGCAUUUUUUUUCUUUUUUGCAGAAGUAAUCUAUUAUCGGAGCUUAUUGCACAUUUUCGGAAGUCGUGCAAAAUUUACAUUUGAUUGCAUUUUUCAUUGUUUGAAAUUAGUCAUAGAAGUUAUGUGAAUGCCAAUAAAGGUUUUUGUUCCUCAAAAUAAAACAUUUUAUUGCA